AUGGAGUUGGGAAGGUGGCUCAUACAUGCCUUUACAAUAUCAAUUGUGCUUCUUCUGCAUAUCAACGCUUCCGCCUUAUCCCUCGUCCAUCACCAUGCUAACGUGACGGCGAGGUGCAUUGACAGGGAGAGGGACGCACUCCUUGCUAUCAUAGGAGACCUGGUAGAUGAAUACAACCUGCUCUCUUCGUGGGGAAGCGAAGACUGUUGCAGAUGGGAAAGAGUCCAUUGUGAUCCCCACACUGGCCAUGUUAUUCAACUUCAUCUUGGAGGAGUGUUUGAGUUGUUGCAACAUGGACUUGAUCGACUGGAGAUGUACCCACAGAUGUACUUUCUGGGGUUAUUUUAUCAGCAAGGUCAGGAUAUAUUGAAAAACUUCGGAGGUCAGUUUAAUCAGCUUAGUGGAAGUUUGCCUUCACAGUUAUGUCACCUACCACAUCUUCAAAUAUUGGAUGUCUCUGUGAAUGAAAUCUCGGGAACUAUACCAAAAUGCCUCAACAAUUUGACUUCUUUGGCACAAGAAGGAAAUUCAAAUCUAACCAUCAGGCAUUCUUUUAAUAUAUCAGAGGCCGAACCACCGAUGACUUCUCUUUAUUAUGAAGAUGAUGCAACAUUCAUGUGGAAAGGAACAUUGGCUUCAUACAAAAGCACCUUGGGACUAGUCAAGAGAAUUGAUCUCUCAAGCAACAGAUUAACUGGGGAGAUUCCAAGUGAAAUCACUUACCUUGUUGGAUUGGUUUCUCUGAACCUGUCAAGGAACAGUUUAAGUGGACAAAUCCCUCUAGAUAUCGGAAAGUUGAAGUCAUUAGAUUCACUUGAUUUGUCAAGAAACAAGAUACAUGGUGGAAUCCCGACAAGCCUUGCUCAUAUAGAUAGACUUGGCACCAUGGAUUUGUCAUAUAACAACUUGUCUGGUGAAAUUCCAACUGGCACUCAGCUCCAAGGCUUUAAUGCCUCAUCUUAUAUUGAAAAUCCUUGGUUGUGCGGACUUCCACUUCAUGUUUGUGAUCCAGAGGGGACAGGUCGACCUAAUGUCUCAAGUGGUGAAGAUGAUGCAAAUGAGCUCAUCACGCAAGGGUUUUACAUAAGUCUGGGACUUGGAUUUGCUGUUGGAUUCUGGGGAAUCUGUGGAAGUUUGAUAUUCAAGAAGUCAUGGAGAUAUGCAUACUACAAUUUCUUGAAUGCUUCAAAUGAUUGGCUUUAUGUGAAGCUACUGUUAUUCAAGAGACUUCUGCACUACAGGAUUAAUGAUGAUGUGUGUUCCAUAACUACAGAAUUACUAGUGAUUAUGAAUACCAUAUACCAUGUUUCCAACAUCAAAGAAGUGCAAGUAAAAGCAACUGUUGGCAUGAUAACUGUUGAAAAGAUGGGCACCGGGAAGUUCUAA